AUGGCUCAAAGCUUCAUGAUGGUCUUGGGGGAAGAUAUGAAACUGAAGCUUCAGCGUGCCAAGAUUUUGGUCGUGGGUGCUGGUGGCAUUGGCUGUGAGCUGCUAAAGAACCUCGUGCUUAGUGGUUUCAUGGAUAUUCACCUCAUUGACUUGGAUACGAUCGACGUGUCCAACUUAAACCGUCAGUUUCUCUUCCGUUCGCAUCAUGUGGGUCAGUCCAAGGCAUUGGUAGCCAAGGAGAUUGCCAUGAAGUUUAAUCCAAAGGCCAAAGUCACUGCACAUCACGGCAACAUUAAGAGCAGCCAGUUUGGUCUCGAGUACUUUCAACAAUUUUCACUAGUGCUCAAUGCGCUAGACAAUGUGGAUGCUCGUAAGCACGUGAAUCGCCUGUGUCUAGCCACUGACACGCCGCUUAUUGAGAGUGGUACGACUGGCUACUUGGGCCAAGUCUCGGUCAUUAAAAAGGGCGAGACUGAGUGUUAUGAGUGCACACCCAAGGUCUCACAGAAACAGUACCCAAUCUGUACGAUCCGUAGUACUCCUGAUAAGAUGGUGCAUUGUAUUGUGUGGGCUAAAGAGUGCUACAAGCUACUCUUCGGCAACGCAGAGGACUCGAUGUUGUGGGAAGAUCCGACCAACAACGAUGAAUCGGCCUUCAUGGACCUCGUCACGCGCUCGUCAGAUAUGAAGGUUGACGAUGUGGCUACGCUGCAGGAGUAUGCGUGCAACGUUUUUCGCGGCCUCUUUGAGUUUGAGAUCAAGAAAAGGCUUGAGAUGAAGACAUACAAGACUGCUGCAAAACGUCCACAGCCACUGGUGCUGGAAGAAAUUGUUGGCGCGGACAUUGUAGAGGCGACCAAUCUCAAUGAUGCAGCUAAGAAACAGGUAGAUAACGGGAAGAUCUGGAGCGAUCGUGACGUGUGGACCGUCUCUGAGUGCGUGACGCGUUUUCUCUCGUGCAUCACCCGUAUUUUGGGAAGUGAGCUGACUCGUGCCAACUUGGGCAGCUAUGAGUUUGAUAAGGACGACGCCACGGCCAUGGAGUUUGUUGCAGCGGCUGCUAAUUUGCGCGCAUCUGUGUUUUCAAUUCCAAUGGAGUCGCUUUACAGCUGCAAGGGCAUUGCUGGUAACAUUAUUCCAGCCAUUGCCACUACAAACGCCAUCGUAGCAGGUAUUCAGGUGCUGGAAGCUUUCCGAAUUCUGCAAGCUGCAAAACCGGUGGGAGAAGCAUGCACGUACACGCACUGCAAUCGCUCGUGGAAUAGUCGUGGUCUGCUGCUUCAGCCUAGUGCGCUUGAGAAGCCCAACCCGCAAUGCUACGUGUGUUCAAAACACACCGUGGAGUUGGCCGUUGAUACCAAUCGCAUGCUUUUGCGCAACUUGGUUGACCAGGUGCUGAAGAAAAAGUUAGGUGUAAACGAGCCUACGAUUUCAAUUGGCGCGAACACGAUCUACGAAGAAGGCGAGGAUGCUGAGACAAGUUUGGCUGUUAAUUUGGAGAAGAAGCUUGUGGAUUUGCCUGGCAAAGGUAUUCAUCACGAGACCACUGUGUCGGUCGAAGAUUUCUCGCAGGAUUUCCGGUGCAAUAUCCGUGUGCUACAUCGUAACGAGGAAGCAUUUGGGGAGGAUGCAACGGAGCUAUUUGCAUUGGGUGGCGACAUUGUCAAAUUGGCGACGGAUUUAAAGGUGGAGAAGGCCAAGCAAGCGGCGCUCAAGUUGAUCACUCAUGAUAAAGCAGACGAUGACGACGAAGAUUAUCUGGAAAUGAUGGACCCAGUGGAUGCUCUUACGCAUAAGCGCAGCAGGACAGAAAAUGAAUCUGCUGGAGAUGGGCCGACUUUAAGCAAGAAGGCCAAGUCAGACGUUGAUGGACUGUAG